AUUAGCACAAUGCAGCAAUCCCAGGCGUUGUUGGCCAACCCAUCAAGCAUCCCCCCAGUUAUCCAGGUAGUUCCCCGACGACGUGAAUGUGGUUCUCCGGGAGCUUCACAAGCGACUCGAAGGGCGACCGCUGCUAUCCUCGUCCUCCACAUCGUUCUCCUGGUCGUGAACUCUUUCUCAUGGAGCCAACUGGCUUCCUGUCUGAUGGGUAUCGUUAUGGGCAGCGCGGUGCUGUGCAUGUUCAACAAGAACUUGUACGUCAUCGCUGCCGGUGUCUUUGCCGCGGGUAGUGCCCUCGACUUGUGGCAAGUGGUGCGAUGGGUGGGCUUGGCGUUGAUGCUUCACAGGAACAACCAGAUGCGCGACGACGAUGACGAGGUACCGACGGUGCUCCUGGGCGUGGUGAUCGUGCCCGCUGUGCUGGGAGCCGCCUCCUUUGCCUUCGGCUGUGUCUCGGCCUUCGACGAUGCCUUCAGUGGACUCCCCCGGCACGAGCGCGACAACGGUUCUCGUGACGCGUUGCCUACCUACGUGGACGGGUUGUGACAGCUCGGGCGCGGCCGGUUACGAAGACUGCCGCCGUCUCAUCCCUUGGGGUCUCAGUGAGUGCCCCUAAACAGCAGGUCUUUGUACGACAUCACUCCCCCCCCCGCAACAUGGGAGACGAUUCAGAGCUCCGUUCCGAACGAAGUUGCUCCAUGAGAAUUUCGGGGAGGCGUUCACCACCUGACAAAAACACACCGGGGUAUGGUACACAAGUGUGGGGUUGCGUGUGCGUGCAAUUUGACUUCCAACAAUCGAGGUGGGAACGAAGCUGUCUUGCGGACCCCGCACCCCCCAUCCUUUCUGCAAUAUAGACAUGUGCAGAGCAAUAAAGAAUCUUCUGGGAAAGCGAGGGUGGGUGACAUCGCAUGUGCUUCUGAGGCUUCGAACGCUAUUGUAACGCUCGUGGCGAUGGUUGCAGAUUAAGUAUGAUUUUGAAUGCAAUAACACGACGGUAUGAAAAAUUGUCUUGGAAAGUGUGACAGGUUGGAUUCCAUGUAAAUAUGGUAGAAAACAGUAGCAGUAGGCUUAGACGGAGGGUUAGGGAUACGGUCACCCCGACCGACGUGUAAAGAAAAAACGGGAGGAGAGAGCGUAAAAAGAACAGGGGAGAGAGAGAGAGAGAGAGAGAGAGGUACAGGGACAGACAGAGACAGAGAGAGCACAGGUAGGUUUGAUCAAGCUUCUCUCGUGUUUGUGCCACUCGUGGUCAUUGUCAGGGCAGCCGUGGCGAAAGGCUGCUCUUGUUUCACGGUUUGUCCGUCCUUGGAAUGCUCUUACACGCACCGCAGAAAUUUCCCUAACAAAACGCAACUGAAUGUUGAUCGUUGUGCUGUGAAUGGGGGUGUUGAAAUGAAUACAGGUAGAGGAUGUUCGAUUCGAAGAAGGACGCAAAGUGGAUAUCGGGGAUCGGCCAGUAAACCCCUCGAAUUCCGCUGGCUCAUGAACGCCGUCUAUUUUGUAUUGCCCACCAAGCUGUUUGUCAUCGGGCGAAGUAGUCUUAAAAAGGGUGAGAAAAAUAUGUCUAAUAUCCGACGGCCCGGCAGACAGUAGCGAGAAGAGGCACCGCAUUUUUGCCGUACACGACGCGUAGGUGUUUAUGCAUAUACGUACGUAACGUGUGUUGUUUCCUAGGGGAAUGAUCGGGCGCUCGUCUACCUCGGGAUGUCGAGUUUGUUUAGAGAGGCGAAGUGCUCGUGUAUUGUGCCCUGCCUGGUAAUUAGCUUGCUUUCUCGCCGGCGCCCUUAAGGGUGGUCCAACAAUGAGGUGCUUUC